UCACCAUCAGCAGUCAUGAUCUCUCGUUCUCUCCUGCUGGUUCUGCUGGGUCUCGCCUGCCUUCAGUCCUUCACAACAGCCCAGGAUCAAAGUGCAAAUACACAAGAUCAGUGCUGUUUGGGAUUUCAGACAAAACCAAUCCCUGUAAGAGUCAUUGCAUCGUAUGAAGAAACAGAUAUUCGGUGUUCAAAACCUGGAGUCAUCUUUACCCUGAAGAACGGUGGUCAGCGGUGUGGAGAUCCCAGUGUCGAGUGGGUGAAGGAUCGCAUGGACAAUAUUAACCAGCGCCUGUCUAACAACUAGAUCAAUUCUACAGAGAGUGUUUAAAUCCUCUCUCCAUUAAUAAGUAAUGAAUAUUUAUUUUACAAA